UUCAGUGGCGUGUGUAAAGCAUGCUUGAUUUUCUAUUGCUGCUGACUUGAAUCACAGUGCUUCCAGCCCGUUAUAAUAGUGCACAGACAGUGAAGAUGUCAUCUAAAAAGAAAAAUAAAGCAAAAUCCGGCAGAUCAGCCGACGGGGAAAACAGCAGCGUGUUAGGGGACAGCUGUUCUCUUGAUUCAUCAAAAGUCCUAACUUCAAAUACCGAAGAAGAAAGACGGGUUUUGUCUAACCUGUCAUUCAUCGUUACUGACUUCAUUGAUAAAGCUGAUGAAAAAGUUCCUAAAUCCUGUAGAAGAUCCCUUGUACAACUAAGCCUAAAUGCCAUGAAGUCUGCAAACAUCUGUAUCGGACGACCAGUUUUGCUGUCCAGCAGUUUGUCUAAACAGGAGGUGUGCACUGCCUGGCCUACAGCCAGUUUCCCUGGUGGAAAGGUUGGCUUACAUAAGUGGACCCAGCAAAAUCUGAAAGUUAAGCCGGGAGAUGUGAUUACUGUCCAGCCGGUAACAGGUCCUAUACUGCAGGCAGAAGAAAUACACUUGUCUUUCAGACAGAGGGAUGAUGCUUUUAACAUGGAGGAAUUUACCAACUUCCUUCUUAGAUCUAUGGAUGGAAAAGUUCUACUUCCAGGAAACUUUCUUGGCCUGACCUUUUACGGCCGCCCAUGCAGCCUGAGAGUGGAGAAGGUGAAAGGAGUGGAUGGCAUCAGGAUGGAAACGAGCGGAUUUCCGGUGACUGAAACGGAAAAAGAGGCGUCUGGCGAUUCCACUCUGGAGACCACAUCUGUCGACUUGUCUCUGCAGCUCAGUCACUUGAACCUUGAGGAGAAUGAGGCGCGACCUCCAGCCAGCACCCCCUGCAAGCCCCAUUUGUGUGUAUCGGUGACCUCUGACCUAGAGCCUUGCCCCUCCCCGGUCAGAGAAUCAGGGGAGCCUUGUGGCUCAGAAGACCCAAGUUUCAGUCACUCCACUAGCAAUCCAGUUCACCCCGGUUCCAGUUCACCCCUCAGUGACUGCGGAGUUAAAUGCAACAGUGACACAUUUUAUCACCUUUCGUUGCUGACAAAGAUAAAGCUUCUUGAACAGAAAGCACACAGCAAAUCUGAGCUGGAGAGCACAGCUAAGGUCACUUAUAGCAUGAUUGGGGGGCUGAGUAGCCAAUUGAGCACAAUACGGGAAACGAUUGAGCUGCCUUUGAAACAUCCAGAUCUUUUCAAGCGCUAUGGCAUCCCGGCUCCCAGAGGAGUGCUGCUUUAUGGGCCACCAGGAACUGGGAAGACAAUGAUUGGGCGAGCAAUAGCGAAUGAAGUGGGUGUUCAUAUCACUGUCAUCAACGGGCCUGAAAUUAUGAGCAAAUUUUAUGGAGAAACGGAAGCGCGGCUAAGGCAGAUAUUCUCUGACGCUUCUCAACGGCAGCCAGCGAUCAUUUUUAUAGACGAACUGGACGCUUUGUGUCCAAAGAGGGAGGGAGCUCAGAACGAAGUAGAGAAACGAGUGGUGGCAUCACUGCUAACGCUGAUGGAUGGCAUUGGCUCUGAGGAGCACAGUGGCCAGCUUCUGGUACUGGGCGCCACUAACAGGCCACACGCACUGGACCCUGCUCUACGCAGGCCUGGCCGCUUUGAUAAAGAGAUCGAGAUCGGCAUUCCCAAUGCAGUAGAGAGAGCGGACAUCCUGAAGAAGCAGCUGAGCACCACGUCAUCCCUGCUGUCCGAGGAGGAGAUUGUAAUGCUUGCCGACAGUGCUCAUGGGUAUGUGGGGGCAGACCUGGCAGCUGUCUGCAAAGAAGCAGGGCUACAUGCAUUGCGUCGGGCAUUAAGCAAGGACACGCAGCUUUCUGACGCUGAAGUCAUGGGAACAGUAGCAGUCACAUUCCUGGACUUCCAGCAAGCCAUGAAUGAUGUCCAACCCAGCGCCAUGCGAGAGGUUGCGAUUGAUGUCCCAAAAGUACGUUGGGCAGAUGUUGGAGGGAUGGACCAGGUGAAGUUGAAGCUGAAACAGGCUGUGGAGUGGCCACUGAAGCACCCAGAGUCUUUCUCUCGGAUGGGUAUUAACCCCCCAAAAGGCAUCCUCCUGUAUGGUCCUCCUGGCUGCUCCAAGACAAUGAUAGCAAAGGCCUUAGCAAAUGAGAGUGGAAUCAACUUCUUGGCUAUAAAGGGCCCUGAAUUAUUGAGUAAAUAUGUGGGUGAAUCUGAGAGAGCUGUCAGAGAGGUCUUCAGGAAAGCCAGGGCUGUGGCUCCCUCCAUUGUGUUCUUUGAUGAGAUUGAUGCCCUUGCAGUUGAAAGAGGAAGCUCCUCAGGUUCCAGUGGUGUUGCUGACCGCGUCCUGGCACAACUGCUAACCGAGAUUGAUGGAAUUGAACAGCUUCGGGAUGUGACCGUGUUGGCCGCGACAAAUCGUCCGGAUAUGAUUGAUAAGGCCUUGAUGAGACCUGGGCGGUUGGAUCGCAUCAUCUAUGUACCUUUGCCAGAUGCAGCCACACGCAGAGAAAUCCUGAAACUUCAGUUCAGCAACAUUCCAGUUGCUGAGGAUGUCUGUCUCAAUGACCUUGUGAUUCAGACAAAGAAAUACUCAGGCGCAGAGAUAACGGCCCUGUGUCAGGAAGCAGCACUUCUGGCUCUUCAGGAGGACAUCAAUGCCAAGUACAUCAGGGGAAAGCACUUCGAAACUGCUUUGGAGAUUGUAAAACCGAGGAUUCCAGAUUCCCUCAUCCAGUCGUAUGUUAAUUACCAGAAGCAGAGUGGCCUAUAUACUGCCUCACAUUGCUAAUAAAUCUGCCUUCUACUGUAUGACAUUACAGUCAUUUGUACUUCCGAAAAUGACAUAAACUUAUAUAAUUUUAAUACAAAAUGAUGCGAAGGAUUGUAAUAGUUCUUAUUUUGUCAAAUAGUUCAAUGAUUUACUUUGAAUACAGUACAUGCACACAUAUUAAGCAUUUCUAACUAGAUCAAAUGUUUGAAAUCAGAUUCUCAUAUGUAAUUAUGCUAUUAUUUAUGAUCAUCUGCAACAUACCCAUUGUACUGCAGAACAUUGUACUGGAACAGUAUGAGUUAGGUACCUGGCUCAAAGCUACAACUGCAGUGUCUUCCUAACCAGGUUGUGAGCUCAUAGUCUCGCAAUAUGGACUCCAGAGCAGUUAAUUCUAUAAGACAUGUGUACUGAGAGGCAGGGAACACAACAGAGGAGUUUUGGAACCAACAAGAAGCAUUUGUUGCAUUUCUAUUGCUUUUCAACAAAUAUACACUGUGACUCCUAAAUAUUAAAGAAUCGCAUGUUCCAUUGGUGACUAAUUCAGUCCAUAUUAGUGUAAAUGUUACAGCAUGUGGGAUGUCCUGUGAUUCCUGUUCCUUACUGUUCUGCCCUAAGGAAGAGAGGACUGAUGUACUGUAACUGACUUCACAAGAGACAUGACUAUUGAUGCAUGUGCCUGUGAUGCAUCAUGAAAGUAACAACAAAGUUGACUAAUGUAUUAAUUCAGACAGCUCUGUGGACAUGUCAUUCUCACAGGAAACCAUGCGUACAUGUGCGAUGUUCUGGACUGUUCCUUUAGACACAAUUCACUGCUAUCUACAGUAUAUCUCCUUCUGUGAAUUGAGUCUGAACUGUGAAUUGCCCCACAUCUCCAUAGACAUCUGAAAAUAUCUUGUGGAACCGCUGAUGCUACAUGUCGUGGGUAUAAUCUUGGUUACUGAUGGGCCAGCGCCUUCUUGGGAUAUCUUUUAAAAUUUCUUCAGAUGUCAGAUUUAUUCAGACAUACUGUGAGCUUAACCUGUAUAUUAAAAAAACAGGAAAACACGACUUUCAAAACAUAAUGCAAAACAAUAAUGCAGACAUCAGGGACAUCAGAUUACUGGGUCAGAGCUUCUCCUUGUUUCAUUUUUGUUUUUCAUCACCAAACUUUUUUUAUUAGAAUCACAAUUAUGUUCUUCCCACCUUCUGUCUGAAACAACAUACUUUUCUUUUGCUUUCAUUUUGAAGGACUUCAGCGUAACUCCAGGAUUCUGGUUUUAUACUGGUUUGUAUCCAAUUCACAAGACCACCAUACACUACUGGACACUGCAGCCUCUUUGGUUAAUACCUGAAAUAAUACAAUGUCAAUUUACAGUUAAUAAAAAAAUACCGGCCCCAGCUACUUUUUUAUUUUAUAAAACAAGACUUUAAUGUGUUUUUUUUAUCUGUAUUAUUCUAUUGAAUGCACUAUAUGCACAUUCGGAUGUAUUCUCAAAAUGAUGGGAAAAAUAUUAUUUCCUGUUCUUAUAGCUUUUGAAGUACAAAAACAUUUUAUGUCUGUGACAGAUUAAAAAGGGGGUAAUAUACAUUACAUCAUGCUCCUAUCUGCAUAGGAAGACGUUUAAUAAAGAAUAUUUGAAACCA